AUGGGACGACGACGAAACAAACAGAGUCGUCGCGCUGCCGCGACCGAAGGCGCCUCGGGCUCUGAUAUCCCUAGAACACCAGCUCGCGAGACUGGCAUCAGCGUUAGUUCAUCAAAUGUCGCCGAUUGGCGGUUGCUUCAUUUCGCCGCAAGAGACGGCGACCUGGCUCGCGUGCAGGACAUUCUCAACCUCAGAUUUGGAUUCUCGACUCCCGGCAAUCCCGGAGGCGCAGAUCUAUUCGAGAUUUCGGAACCGAUUAUAUUCACAGCGGGAACUUUAGGUUUCCCCGUCGGUAACACGGUUACACCAGAGCUAACGGAGUUCGUCAACUCUCGCGAUCCCUCCGGCAAGACCGCGCUUCACGAGGCGUGCGCGCACGGGCAUGCGCAAAUCGCCCGCCUGCUGCUCUCCCUGGGCGCGCUCCCCGCUGCGCGGAAGGCCAACGGCUUCACUCCGCUGCUCUGCGCGGCCGCAGGGGGGCACGCGGAGUGCGCGAGGCUCCUGUUGGCCCACAUGCGCGCGGGGGAAAAGGGGGGCAAAAUAGGCGCCGAAACUGCGGGGAAUGGCGCGGGGGGAAGCGCAGGAGGCGGGAGCGCGAGCGCGUGGCGGGCGGCGGACAGGUGCGGGGAGAACGCGCUUCACCUGGCGGCGCGAGCAGGGGCGGAGGAGGUGGUGGGCGUGCUGUUGGAUGCUGCUGAGAGAGAGGACAAGCAUGUGGGAUUGCCAGGUGAAACGCCAGGUGGAGAGGGAGCUAAUGGUGAGGAAGGUGUGCGCCGUACAGGCACGUCUGCUUCUCCCACAUCAAUUUCCGCGCCCGAUUCUCCUCCCGCAUCCGAAUCAACUGCACCAGUGUAUUCUCACACGCGCUCUGCCGUUAGUCCUUUUGUGAACAGCGAAAGCCACUCACAUCUGUUUGUAAAUGCGCGCACACGCAACGGCCGCACUCCCCUGCAUUCCGCCUGCCUGCAUGGCCACGUGGCGGUCUGUGAGCUGCUGCUGAAGCACGGGGCCAAUCCCAGGGCGCGGGACUCCUCUGGUUCGGAGCCUAUCCAUGAAGCAGCUGCAGGGGGACACGUGGCAAUCAUUCAUUUGCUCGCUGGUGGCACCACAACUUCUGGUCUAGCCAAAUACUUGCCUCAGAGAACUCAGACAAACACCAAGGCGGAGAGUUUAACAGUUGUUACUGCUCAGGCUUUCAUUCCGGAUGAGCUUGAUGAUUCUGGCAGUAUGCGGGCUUUAGUUGAUGCGAGCAGUCGAAAGACGUCUGGAGGUACUUCGGUUGAUGUGAACAGUCGGGAUGCAUCUGGAGCGACUGCUUUUCACCGUGCUGCUGCUGCAGGCCAUGUGGAUGCCAUGCGUGCGCUGAGUCUGCACGGGGCUCCCCUGGAUCCCUUGGAUAAUGCAGGCACCACGCCUUUGUACUGGGCGGCGAGUAGGGGACACGUGGCAGCUGUUGAGUGGCUGCUGGAGCAACAAGAGCAGGACCAGAAGGGAAUGGAGGAGGGAGCAGCAGCAAGCAACAGAGGAGAUGAUUGUAGGUGUAGCAAAGACAGAACCAACAGCAAGCGCAGUGCACUCCAUGUUGCAGUGGGGUGGGGGCAUGUGGGAGUGUGUUCUCUUCUUCUAGCUUCUGGGAGGUUUGAGCCAUUGCAGAAGGAUUCGAAUGGGCUAACGGCUCUGGACAUAGCUAAUCAGUUAAUGGACGAGCGCAAAAGGGUAGAAAUUAUAAAAUCGAUAAGAGAUUAUCAUAAUCCACAGUGA